AGAGUACACAUCGCAUACUUAUACGAAAUAACACCAUAACUACUUCAGCUUUACAUCCUCCCAUUUAUUAACAUUAAUAGCUGAUCUUCCCAUAUCAAUACCCAAUCAAGAACUGUGGAACCAUGGUGAUCUCAGAAGACUUGUUCUCCAAAUUCAAUUUGAAUGAGCUUCUUUUGGAUAUCGACGUGAAUGAUAAUAUUGGGCUUCUGGACUCUGCGAACUGGCUGGAUGAUGCUUUUUACGCUGCGGCCGACGCAGACGUGAAUCUCGCUUCAGAUAUCUUCGAUACACAGUCGAACACACAAGUGGACGAUGGACUGUUAGACGAUGUCACUUCGUUCAGCUCACCAGUCCAAACUGCGGCGGGUCUUCCGUCAUUGGAGUCUAUCCAAAGCAGUGUCAAUUGGUCUCCUGAAACAGCUUCCUUGAGUACAUUGAGUGUACAGAGUCCUUCAGACGAAGUUGUGUCGCUCGCACCGGCAGACAUCACCGCAGAAAAUACCAACACAACUGAAGGUUUAAUUGAUGGUACUAGUACAAUGCGCGCCAGCACCAGUGCUACGCAGCCUUUGACUCAGAGCGCUCUCGGUAGGGUGGGCGGGCCCGUACGCCAUCGCGGUCGCAGGCGUGCCAAUCGCAUAACUGUCGCAGCCGUUAGGCAGGCAAUGCAGUUGAGUGAACAUCAGCAAGCGCAACAGCAGAAUCCUCUUGAGUCACUUGGCGAGUUUACAAACCCUAGCACCUUGGCGAGUACAAGUUCCAGUCCAAGCGCACCGAAUGCGCCAAUGCAACUCAAGACACUGCCUACUGCUGAAAGUCUCGACUUCGGGGCAUUCGAGUAUGCAGGUACUGACUUCUCUUUAUCGACAUCGGAUAUGGAUCUGUGUCUGGAUCCGUCGGCGUCCACUGACGAAUGCUCCAGCAAUGCCAGUCAGAAACUCGGCAGUAUGGCCAGCACCAUGACUGGCCUGACCAACUUCACAGGACUGGAGGACACAAGCUCUAAGGGUAGGUUGAGCUUGGAAGGAACUGAUACAGUAGGAUCUGGUGGCAAGCGUUUGAAACAGGGAGAGCUGCAGGCUGCUCAGAUUAUGGGUACUCAGUUAUCUAAAAACGAUCUGGAGAAGCUGGAGGCUAAACUUGAGAAAAAUCGAAAGAUGGCUAAGGAGAGUCGCCAGAAAAAGAAGGAAUAUGUGAAAGGAAUUGAACACCGAUGUCGUCAAUACGAACUCGUCAUUCAAAAGUUGAAUGAGCGCCUCGCCGCAACAAGUCGGUGCAACGGUGCUCUUAUUGCUGAACUGGUAGCUAGUAACAACGGUGUUCUCCCACCCAAUGUGGCUGCUAUUCUGCAACUCAAUCUUCCCGCGUACACCCCUGUGGGUUUUGGAGGACCCGGUGUUCCACUGAUGCCAUCGGGCGGCACUCCUAUUUCAAUGAGCAAUUUAGCUGGCAACGUCGAAGUAAUGCGACAAUUUUCAAUGCAAGCUCACCGACCAACUGCACAGCAUAUCAAUCAGAUGCGCGGCUCUAUGCCUGCUAUGGAUCCGACUCUAAGACCUGGUUUGAGAUGUUUGCCACCCCAUGUUAUGGCUCCCCAUGUACCAGGAUUUGUCCCGGCUCAAGCUCAACCCAUCGCCAAGCAGACCAGUGCACCUGGAGAAACAAAGGGCGUGAGUGGUACUGGUACUCCGAUCGGAAAAUCUCAGCAAAUCUCUCUGUGUCCCGCGAACGCUUCAAGCGAAGCAGUGUCAGUAGUUGAUUUUGAUAAAAAGCUUGUAGCGGAGUCGGAAUCUGCAUGUGUAUCGCUUACAAAUUCAGUAGGAGAGCCUUUGGUGGCUUGAGUAUAUCAAGAUGGACCACAGAGGAAAAUACUGACCGUAGAUUGUCGUUUACCAUGUGGGCUAUAUACGGGGAACGUCGCCUAUCACACGACGACUGGUCGAUGUCAACUCCGGCGUUAAAGGUCUCCAGUCAAGCCAAGGGACGCGCCGGAUUGGCCGAGAUGAGAAAUUCACCGCGCCGAGCGCAGAUGAGCUUGCUCAACUUAUGAUUUGAGUUUACUGCGUCAGGACUGCAACAUGAGAGAGGAAAGAAUGCUCUCUGGAUCCGAAUCGGGCGCGAUUCACGCUCACACCAGAAAUAGGAUUAUUUAAAAGCUACGGUGUAGAAUAGUCCGAAAAAUAGAAAGCGCUGACGGCGCGAAAUAGAGAAAAAAAAGUCAAGACAUAAUUUGUGUGUCUGUAAGGACAUAGCCUUCUAAAUUGAACAAGGCUAUGGUAAGGAGUCGAGGUAGAUCCAGUCACAUACUAAUAAAAACGAACUAAUUAAAGAAAUCCUACAUAUAUACUCUUUAUAUUUUCUUGUAAAUAAACGGAUUGUUUGCGUCUUCGAG